GUCAGAGGCAGCAUCCGGUCUCUUUUCUUUCCUAACGUCAAGAAGAUGUUUGCAACGAUGCUGGAGAUACUUCCAAUUCUAGCCAUCCUUACAGGCCACGUCAGCGGUGUUGUGGUGACCGUCCCUGAGAAGACAGUGAAUGUCACUACAGGUGGAAACGCAACCCUCCUCUGUACAUACACGAAUGCUGGACCGCUGGGAAAUUUCUUUAUUCAGUGGAGCUUUUACAGUGCCAAAGAGAGCCAACUGCACACCAUCUAUUAUUAUUCAGGAGGCCAGUCUUACUCCUAUGGAGAGUUUAAGAACAGGAUAACAGCUGCAACAGGUCCAGGGAAUGCAUCAAUAACAAUCUCCAACAUGCAGCCCUCAGACACUGGUUCCUACACCUGUGAAGUUUUCAGCCCACAGGGCGACGCUGGACAGAGUCAAAAAUCUGUGAUUGUCAGUGUGCUGGUCAAACCGUCAAAACCUUUCUGCAAAAUAGAAGGAACGCCUGAAAAAGGCCAUCUAAUCUACCUCUUAUGCAAAUGUGAAGAAGGAUUGCCUCGCCCUACCUACCACUGGUACAAAGUAGAUGAGAAUACCCUCAAGCCUGUGACUCAACAACUUAAUCCAAACACUGGCAUUCUCUACAUCGGCAAUCUCACCACCUUUGAAACUGGGUAUUACCGGUGCAUAGCCAGGAACUUCCUGGGGAACAGUACCUGUGAGCUUGACCUAACCGCAAACCAUUCGGACAGUGGUAUUGUUGUUGGAGCAUUAAUUGGAGCAAUUCUGGCAGCUGCUAUCAUUUGCAUUAUCGUCUGGGUCUUAACCAAGAAGGCAAAGAAUAAGAAGUCAUCAAGUAACGAGAUGCAAGAAAUGGCUCAGAAACAAUCCACUGCAGAGUAUGUUCAGGUACCUAAUGAAGAAAACAUUCGUGCGACCACAGUUCCAUCAAGCAAUGCGACAAAUGAAUACCCUAGUGUUGAUGAAACAGCAGCCUCUGGAACACCUGAAAAUUAUGAGAAGCAAGAAGCAGAAAAAGAAGAAAUAGCCUAG